AAUUCAAAAUAUUAUAUAUUUAGAAGAAAUUGUUGUUCGUUCCAUGGGAGAUGAAAUUCAUCAAAUUGUUUCUUCUGCGCAUAUUUGUUCUCAUUGGUUCAACAAACUUUGUAACCAAGAGCAACACGCAAGCGCUUUUAGGAUGUUUACUACACCAAGUGUGUAUACUUGGUGAUCUUUUAUUUCGCAUACUUCAUAUAUCAUCACUUUUCAUCCUUAUUCACUUAUUUUCGCCCACUAUAUACAUAACCGAUAGAAUAGAAAGCACAUGGUGACAGAAUAGCACAAAAUGACGGGGAGCCCAUUGAAGUUAGUCAAAAUGCGCGAAUUGGACAUAGCUUUCUCAUUCGCAUUGAAUUUAAAUAGUUUUUCACAAAUAAAUAAUGAUAUUUUGAUACAUUUUUAAUCAACGGAAUACAUAUUUAUGAGAAAUAAUUAUAUUUCAAUAAAAGUUCCUAUAAAGAUACCGCUCAGGUCAGGUUAGGUUCUAUUACUACGCAUGAGCGGGAGAUUAGCGAUAUAUCGUAAUGUUAUGCAUUUGAAUUUUUAGUCAAAAUCACAUUCGAUUGUUCGAAGGGUUAUUCGCUUUUUAAAUACGCUGCAAAGAAUUAAUAUGAACAUCCCACCUAUUCAACAACCAGGAGCAAUGGGGGUAGGGCAGAUGACCCAACCUGUAAAUCCUCAGAUUCCCCAAAAUCCACAACAAACACAACAGCAACAAGUUCAACAACAACAGCAGCAGCAACAGCAACAACAAACACAAGAGAAACUAGACAAUAUUUCUAAAGUAAAAUCAUUAAUUGGACCAUUAAGGGAAUCAUUAGCCAUAGCCCUUAAAACUGCAGCACAUACUUUACAUCAAAACAGUUUAGUGGAUGUCGGAUCUCUUAAGGGCAUUGACCAGCCUGAUCAUCGUUUCAAUAAAAAUAUGGAAGAGUUUUAUUCCAUUUGUGAUCAAAUAGAAUUACACUUGAAGACUUCUAUAGAAUGUCUAUCACAGAAUUCUAGUUCCUUAAGAUAUCUUCCAGUGUCUGUCAUACCAACACGUACUGACACUGUUGGAGCUCAGGAAGGACCUGCCUUAACUUAUCCUCAAUUCCUGAUGACCGUAAGAGCACAAGUUGCAUAUGUUCGUGAAAUUCAUGAUACUUUAGUUUCUGCUGCACAUUCGAUAACAUCUGGUGAAUUGAUCACGUGGGAAGCAUUGCGCCGAGUUUUCGCGAUUCCGUGGCGGAGAAGGGCCGAGGGAAAGGGAAUAAAUGUGUGCGAGUCCGUGAUGGACAACCCUAGCGGCGGAAGAGAUAGUCGGUACGCGAGUCUCGGGUACAGCAUGGGGAUGAUAGGCAGCGACGCUAGCUCGGAAAUGUACGGCCGACCGUCCACCUCCCAGCUUACAACUUCUCAAAUAAGCCGCAGUGGCGCCACUAUGAUGGCCGCGGCUGCUGCGGGCGCGCCGAACGCCGGCGUGGGAUCCGUACAGAGGGGUAUCAAGAGGACCACCUCGGACGUCUGUUACGAUGACAAUAAUGCACGGCAGGCCCUCUCGCAACAGCAAGGCAUGUCGAUGUCAGGCGAUUGUGUACCCGACAAUCUCGAGGAGUCGUUCACCAGUUUGGGCCAGCCGAAAAAGUCACCCCCAUCGAACGGCAAGAAGACCAAAGGACGGGUUAAAAUUAAAAUGGAGUACAUCGACAAUAAACUGCGACGGUACACCACCUUCUCCAAAAGGAAAACCGGAAUCAUGAAGAAGGCCUACGAGCUGUCGACGCUGACAGGUACACAGGUGAUGCUGCUGGUGGCGAGCGAGACCGGUCACGUGUACACAUUCGCAACCCGCAAGUUGCAGCCGAUGAUAACUAGCGAAGCCGGGAAGGCUUUGAUCCAGACCUGCCUGAACAGCCCGGAGCACCCUGAGGUCGCUUGGUACGACGAAGGCAGCUGCAUGGCAGAGAAGGGCAGAAACAGGUGGGGAGGAAUGAGGGAGAAGGGAAAGAGAAAGAUGGCGGAGAGAGGGAGAGACGGCGAAGAAGAGAGAGAGAAGGAGGAUGGCACUUCACCUAGGUCAGACGUCUGUGCCAACGAAAGCGACGGAGACACCAGCGAUGGCGACUCUCCGGUAUCCAAGGAUCUUUCAAAAAAUCACUCCGGUAUAAUGUACCAGAUGCCCCAGACAGUGAUUUACUCUCCGAGUCCCGGUGUCCUGCUCGGCAUCGGUCAGAACGGUCAGCCAGUGCAAAUCUCUCAAGAAGGAGGCACAGCGUCGAACUCGAACCAGAGUAACCAACCGUUCAUCACGAUACCGUUGAACGUGGCGAUGAGUGCCGCAGGUUUGUCGCUUCCUGUCGCGUCCAGGAUGAAUCUGUCGCCGUCUCCUCGAUCGCCGACGUCCAACUGCGACCUGCCAUCGGACCUCAGCAAAGAUCGCGAGUGA